AUGAGUCCCUCGACAUUCGCUUUUUGUCAUUAUACAAUCCACGUUUUUCUAACUUACGCCAUUUUGGUUUACACCUGUUCACUUUACGCAGCGUUUUUCAUCUUUGGUAUUCUCAACUUUGUUGAUCCCAUUAUUGUCCUUCCCGAAACUUCCAUUUCCCGCAAUCCUCACUUGAUAUUUUUUUUCCACACACUUGCCUUUCUAGUUGCCAUGUCCCAAAGAAUGGAGGCUGAGUCUGCUUUUGUAAAACAGAUUAAUCGCUUGGUUAAGAGCUUGUCGAACCUGUUACCUUCAAAUGUUCUCUUUUGGCUUUUAGCUCUGAUCGUAUACUAUUUGUUUCCUAUCCGUUAUGCUUUUUUCCCGGCGCAAGGGUCCACUUCAAACAAGAAAGCAACUACAGAAAGUGACAUCCCUCCUAACUUGUUCCCAUCCAUUGAUGAUGUGUCUAUUGAUCAUGAGACUCCUAUUUCCGAAAGGAAAAUUGUUUCCUCUCCUGCGCACCCUCAACCAUGCUCCACAGGCUUAACAACUCGUUUGUUACCUUUCAAGAAUGCAAAGGGCGAAAUUGAAUGGGCAUUUACGGACGACUUGCCCCUUGGCACUGACUUGGAGUCAUUUGAAUCUGAGAAGACUAAAGGUAUAAGAACCUCGGGGCCAAAGACUGAAAUCUUAUCUCCGGUCACAUCCAACUCUUCCAACGCUGACUCUAUUCUUUCCAACCAAAAGCAGUCAGGCAACCACCAAAUCGAUACGCCUUCCUCAACUAAUAGCGAUUACGAUAAGCAGAAAGAUGAACAAGGCGAUGGCGAAGAGGGUGAAGAGGACGAUUUGGAAGGUGAUGGUGCCAUUGAAGGCGAAAGUGCUGAAGAUGGACAGUACCACCAAUGUCCUCAUUGUGACUCAAAAUUUAAAAUGAGGGGCUAUUUGACACGCCAUUUGAAAAAGCACUCUCUUGAAAAGGCUUACAGAUGCCCAUUUCGUGAAUCUUCUGUUUACGUGGAUGAACAUGAUGUUACUCAUCAAUGCCAUCCUACAGGAGGAUUUUCGAGAAGAGACACAUACAAAACCCAUUUGAAAUCGAGACAUUUUAAGUAUCCUGAGGGUGUUCCAGCAAAAAAGAGAGCGCAAUCCCCCGGAAACUGUUCCAUGUGCGGAGAAUGGUUUGAGAACGGAGAAAUCUGGUGUGAAAUUCAUAUUGAAGGUGGAGAGUGUCGCCACUUGCCUCAAGGUUUCAAAGGAAAAUCUAGAAUUAAGAACCGUUUGAAGAAGCAAAUGAAGCGUAUGAUGAAAGAAAAAAAGAAGAGAAGCCAGUACAUCGGCAACCCGAUUGAACAGCAAUCUCCUAUUAUGAGCACUCCUAGCUCAAUAAAUACUCCGAUUGUCAACUCCGCUUAUGAUUACAAUAACUCUCCAACUACAUCUGUCAGUUCUUCUAUUGGAACGCACCAAACGAUCCACAAUUCACAUGAUGCCUUGUACAAAGCUUCUUCGCAACUGAUGAUGCCUAUUCAGCAUCAUCACGAAGUUUUCCAUAACACUAACCCGGUUGAAAUGGAUUAUGAUGAUGAUUAUUGUCUAGAUACGGAUCAAUUGAGCACGGCUACGCAAUUCAGAGACGUUCACAUGUAUCCCAUGACUGGUCACAUGCAAUCUCUUAAUGGUUAUUCUUGA